AUGAGUACAUCGGUUCAUUCGCAUUUCUCUGCUGCAGCAAACAGAUAUCCAAUCCUUGCAGCUUUUUUCAGUAUCAUCAUAUUCCUAGGAACAAUCUUCUUGAUCCUUCAAGAGGUCUUCACACCCGUCGGAAAACGCAGACCACCCCCGGGCAAGAAAUGGAAACUUCCUCCGGGUCCUCGAGGAAUACCCAUAUUUGGCAACCUUUUGGAGCUUCGGAACGCUCGACAGGAGCAGGGUCAUAAAAUACACACUGAGCUUGCAAAAUAUGGCGAAAUGACCACUCUUCACCUCGGAUCCAAAACUUGGAUUUUGCUCAAUAGCAAGCGUGUGGUCGCUGAGAUUAUCGCAAAACGUGGCUCCCUCACAAAUGGCCGAAGCCCAAUGCCUAUUGCCAGUGGAAUUGUUAGCCGCAACGGACGAUCCUUGCUGCUUCCUCCUUCGCAAUGGACUGAAAAGCGACGAGUGAUGCACUCCCUUCUGAGUGGAACGGCCAUGAAGCAGUACGGCUCAUGGCAAGAGCUUGAAAGCACCCAGAUGCUUGCAGAAUAUUUCUUUCAGCCAGAAAGGUGGUACCGCCACCAUUAUCGAUAUGCAAAUUCGGUGGUCCAUCGUAUUGCACUGGGUGAGCGGCUUGUCAAGUCAGGAAAGCAAUUGGCUGAUUUGCAAGAUGUCGUCACUCUUUUUGUUGGAAGCAUUGGGACUAGCUUGGUCGACUGGUUUCCGGAAUUAGAUAAGCUACCUCGCGUGUUGCAGCCAUGGCGAAAACACUGGGAGAAGCUUGGGGACUGGAAUGAAGAGGUCUACAAGUCGUGGUGGGUUCCAGUACGAGAGAAGGUGGAGAAUGGGACAGCACCCCCAUCAUGGGUUCGUGACGUUCUUUUACAUCCAGACACAAAGUUCACGGGUAACGAUCAGGAGGCCAUGUACGUUGCUAUGCAGCUUCUAGAGGCAGGAUCGGAUACGACCAGGGAAGCGCUGAAUAUCUUUGCGAUGGCUGCGCUUUGUUAUCCGGACAAAUUUCAAAAGGCCAGAGAGGAGGUUGAUACUCAUUGCGGCACCGAGACGAACUUCCGUUUACCUGGCAUCGAUGAUCUGGAGCAAAUGCCCUACAUAUGCGCUUUUAUCAAGGAAAUUCUUCGCUGGCGACCUAUCUUCCCUUUCACUCCCGACCACGUGCUUACGUCCGAUAUGGAGUUUGAGGGAUAUCAUUUCCCAGCAGGGGUGGGAUUCGUGAUUAAUGAAAUCCCGGUAUGUAACGAGUGCGAGGACCCGGAGGAGUUUAAGCCCGAACGGUGGUUGGAUGGACAUGAGACCGACCCUGCACAUGGACUUUGGCAGUUCGGAGGAGGUCGUCGUAUUUGUGUUGGUUACAGAUUGGCAUUCCGGGGCCUAUUUAUCAACGUUGCUCGCUUGGUGUUCUGCUACGACUACGACGCAGCUGAACCCUAUGACUCGAAGCAGUUGAAUCACCACCGAACAGAGGAACCAUUUCCAGUUAAGGUGACCCCGAGAAGUGAGCAGCAUGUGAACUUGAUACUGAACGAAGGAACUCGACUUGAGGUAUUGGAAGAUUCUAAACGCCAAAUUUGA